AUGUUGUAUUCUAAAGUCCGCUCCAUGCACAGCAUACGACUCAUCGUCUCUUGGCCCAGCCUACGGAAACGACCAUCGAGGAAUCUAGAAGCUGUCAGUCCGACGAGGUCAAGAUCACCUUCUCUCACUUCUGCACCUGCGACUUCAAACGUAGCCGACUUUUCACCAGGCGUGUCCAAUACACCUGGGAGUAUUGACACAGAAGCAUCACACAGUCCCUUCUCCAGAGGAUUGAUGACACCCGAACAAGGCCAAGAAUGUCUUGACAUGUUCCGAAGUCGAAUGUCGCCUCACUUUCCCUUUGUCAUGAUUCAAGAAUCGGUCACUAUUCAGAGCCUGUCCCAGGAUAAACCUGCAUUAUGUGUGGCCGUACUCGCAGCAUCCUGCCAUGAACAUCGCAGGCUUCAACGAGAACUCGGCAAGCUGUUUCAUGAGAUCGUCCUUGUGCGUAUGAUGAAGGGACCCUUUGCAACUCUCGACAUGCUACAGGGAUUAUUAGUCCAUCUAGCGUGGGCGCAUUAUCAUCAUGGGACCAUGAAGUACACACAACAUUUAUCGCUUGCCGCCAGUAUAAUCUCAGACAUGAGACUCGAUAGACCACGAAUAGCAAGUCUAUGGGCAUUGAGUAGAGAGAAUAAACAUGCGAUUGGUGAGAUGACGCAUGAUGAGCAGAGAGCGUUAGCAGGGACUUAUUAUCUUUCCUCAAGCUCUGCAGUAUUGCUGCAAAAGUCUCAUCAUUUUAGAUACUCACCUUACAUCCUUGAGUGCUGCCACAAGCUCCUAGCGACAGGCUCAUUUCCGACUGACAGACAUCUGCCGUAUAUCAUCUAUCUCCAAAAGCUUACCGAAGAAGUCGACGAUGCUGUCAUUGAAGCUUCAGGUACCGUCCGUGGAUCAAGGCAGGGGCAUCUCCCUGCAGAGCUUCAAAGGAUCCGAGAACGGUAUACGUCCACAAAGUCAUCCCUCCCAUUCCCUCUAAGCGAAAGUCCCACAAUUCUUCUACAACUCCACGUACUCGACCUCAUCAUCUGUCAACCCUCGCCGGAUGGCAUCUCUUACGGCCCAAACGGUUUCCAAAGCCUUCAACAAGGUGCAGACCAAAACCGCUUUCUCGACUGGUUGUCGCAAAGCAUGUCGGCCGCCAAGUCCCUCAUCAGCGUGGUACUCCUCCUACCCCAAGGCGAAGAGGAUAGCAUGCCCAACAUAGGCUGGAUCAUGUUGUACUGCGCAGUUUCACUCGCUGUGCGUCUUGACCUUGUUGCCGCACAGCCAGAGAAUGCACAGACUGCAGGUCAUCUCCGUCGAAUUCUCGAUAUGUCGCAUACGCUGCGUCAGAUCGUUUUGAGGAUGGAGGCUGCUUCGGGGCCUGACACGGGUGAUACCGAGCCAAGUCCAUACUGGGAUCUUGCGAGGCGUGCGAGGAGGAUAGAGAGGUGGUAUCUUGAACGGUGCGGACCUGUUGAGUCGCCUGAUGUAGGGAGUAUAUUUGCAUCAAGCGAGCCGUCACCUGCAAACCCCUUUUCUGGAGUAGAGAUGGAAUUCACCCCAUCCUCGUUCCAGGAUGCAAGUAUGGUGCCAAGUCUACAAAUUACAGGUGAACCGGAACCUGAACCAUGGAUGACAAAUCUGCUGGCAGAUCUUGAAGUCGAUCCGGGAAUGGAGAGUUUGCUCUUCACAGGCCCAUUUGACUUUUUGGGUGAGCGGUGA